UAUGUGAUUUUGUCCGCAUUUAUUUAUUAUUAUUUAUUAUUUAUUUCUCACUAUACUAUGAAAAUCUUCAAAACCAUUCCAGGAAUGCUGGUCUCUUGCUUCUUUUUACUUCUGGUUCUUCUUGUUUACGGACUGCUGCCCAAACUGCGGAACCUGAUCGGGAUGGUGUUCAUGGCAUACGUCUUCUCCCUGUUUAUCUUUUUUAUGAUCAGAGCUGUUCUGACAUUUACGAAAGCGACCAUGACCCCGGAAGACUGUAAGAAAAUCUCGCCAGUGUUAUACUUUGCUGCCUUAUCAAAAUUCUUCUGGUUGCAAAUCAUGUCCUUUGAUUUAUUCUGGGUACUUAGAGGGUCUCGGAAAUGUCGUGUUGUUAAUCACCAUGGAGAAAACGUCAAGUUCGCGUGGUAUUGUCUGUACGCGUGGGGCGUCCCUCUGCUGAUAAUGGCUCUUACGGUUGUUGCGGAUAACAUCGAUAUCAGACAAUAUGGUCUACUUCCACCGAAAUUCUCGCAGUGUUUCGGCGACAGGCUAGGAGCUCUUUACUACCUGCACAUACCUAUAGGUAUAAUUAUAGGUGUGAACACUGUUCUAUUCAUAAUGACAUAUUACUCUAUAUGGCUGAUCAAACGAGGAGUUAACGCGUCGUCCGAGUCUCGAACCACGAAUAAAUAUAUUGAUAACUAUGCAAUGCACUUAAGGCUAGCCUUAAUGAUGGGAAUCAGCUGGAUAUUAGAGGUUGUGGAAAUCUUUACAUCAUCAUCAAACAUCGUUUGGACAAUACUAAGUUCAUACCACAUAUUCAUUGGAGUCCCAAUUUUCUUUUUGUUUGUAUUUAAUAAGCAAUGUUUUGUCGGGCUGUGCAUAAAGUUCAAUAUAAAUAACCGCUUCGUUCGUAAUAUGAAACCCUCCGAGUACAGUAAAAGUGAAAGUGAACUUAGGAAUUUAAGAAGAAGUACAUUUAAGGGUUCGAAAAAUGACAGACAUUAAGAAUUUUAAGAAUCAUGGCAUAGGACAGCUGACCAGCCUGCGCCCGUAGUUACAAUUUAGAUAGAAAAAGCGCCUUUCUUCCUUUAGAGAUAAGGUUGAUUGCAUGAAUUUUGUUACCUUAGUAUUAAGAUCGUUUGUAAGGAUUAUUUAACGCAACCAAUAAUUAUUAGUGAAACAUAAUUAGUGAAGCA